UCGUUUGGCGAAUUAGCCUGAGACGAAAGAAUGAAACAAACGAGAUAAAAACGAGAAACUAAGACUUUAAGGCACUUUCUUGAAUUCGCAUUCUUUCUUCGAGAAGAGAUAAAAGAUAUUUUUUUGUUACAAGACACGCUUUAUAUGCAAACAACUUUCAUCAUACUUUUCAGCACAUAAAGUAGGAGUAUAAAAUAGGAUUUAACACGUAAAUUACGAUUGUUUUCUAAGGCUGAUUUUUUAUGGCGUUCCAUCGGAAGAUGCCUCGUCAAUUUUAAUGAUAUAUUUUUAUAAUCAGCGGAACACGAUGAACGGCAUCCGAAGUAUUUGCGUAACAAUUGUUUCACCGAUAGCGUGGUAUCAUUGAUAGAGAACGGGAAGCGUCGGCUGCGAUAAUUCGACCACGGAGAAACUACUGCUCGCUUAUUCACAUAUCUGUUCUCGGUUAACAGUCAGUUGUAAAAUCUGUCAUAGGCAGAAUGCGUUUCGAGAUGUGCCGCGUCUCGCUUUUCGUUCUUGUUUGCGUUUCUGUCUUCGUAGACAACGCAAUCGCGGCGUGCACCACCAGCAGAAACGAGAAUGGAUUUGGCGAGCGUCUAAAAUGUUCCAAUGUGACGUUAAACACCGUCCAAGUUUUCGGCGGGCUGGACGUGAGCGACAUCAUGAUCUUCCAAUCGCGGAUAGAAAAUAUUCCCGAUCGGUCGUUCCUGAGAUACAGUAAAGACUUAAUCUCUCUGAGUAUGCACGACUGCGGCAUCAAGGAAAUUUCCGGCUACGCAUUCGGCAGUCUGAAAAAGUUGAAGAAGCUCAGUCUGCCGUACAACUACAUCGCGUCGGUGAGAGAUCAGUGGUUCGUCGAUUUGACGUCUCUAGAGCAACUGGAUUUGUCGUACAAUCUCAUCACGUCGAUCGAGCCCACGGUCUUCGAGAAAUUGCGAGGUCUCAAAUGGCUCGACGUCAGGGAGAACCGUUUGACGUGUCUGGAACCGGUCCAGCUUGUACCGAUGGCCGGCCUCGAGAAGCUCCGCUUCUCCGGAAAUCCCCUCACCUUCCGGUGCCGCGGCACGUUGACGUUGUGGUUGCGAGACCUGGGCAUAAAUUACAAAAUUGAGCAACGCGGGGAGGAAAACUGGCUGGAUGAUAUAUUAUGGCUCUGCGCCGCAGACGAUGUCAAGAUAGCCGAGUCUGAAGUUUUCAUGAAGGAAUGUGUCGUCCUGAAUCUAUUCAAUCAACUUCGUACCGGGUUGACUACGGCCGAAUCCUUUCCCCUAUCCAUUCCUCAGGAAUGCACAUACGCGAGAAACAAACUCACGCAAUGUAUCGCUGCGGAUCGCAGACAUGGCAGGGAAGUUGUUACUAAUGGACACGUCGUAAGAAAACUGUUAAGGCAGUUGAGAGAAUCGAAGUCAGCCGUAUAACGCAACAGAUAUAUCAAUUUUAUGUUAAUCCUAAAAACUACUCUCAUAAUUGGUAGCUUAAAAAAAUUUAUAUAGUCGCCGAGUAUGAAUAAAGCUUCAUAUAAAAAUGUUUCAGACACAUGAAGUGAAUACUUUUCUAUUUUACUAAAUUAUUUUAUAUUUUAUCUCUCCCACGUAUAAAUAAAUGUCUUGUCAAGGAAAAUGUUUCACUUGUCAA